CAUUGAAGCUGCACACAGUAGUAUCAAGGCAGUCAUCAGGUUCAGAGAAUCAAUAUUUUUUAUCAAGCAGCAAGACAAGGUGAGGGUACCAUGUUUAUGUUGAAGAUCUCUGCCUUCCUUGUCGCUUAUGCCGCAGUUGUGUGCCAGAUGUCCUGCUCAAACGCUGCCCCAGCAAGACCUGGUUCAGAGUCUCUGACAGACAGAUUUGCACUCAUGGACUACGAAGCACGAAGAUUACUGAGUGCUAUAGUCAAAAACGUAGUGCAGAUGACGGCGGAGGAACUGGAGCCAACGAAUGAUGACAACAGCGUUUCGCCACAGAAGCGCGCGUGUAACACAGCCACGUGUGUCACUCACCGUCUGGCGGACUUCCUGAGCCGUUCCGGUGGGAUGGGCAAUAGCAACUUCGUCCCGACUAACGUGGGCUCCCAAGCAUUCGGCCGUCGGAGGAGAAACUCGCGGAUGUGAGCGGCUCCAGUCAUGCGGGCUGUGAACUCGGGGCCAAUUCAUUUUCAAUCGGAGAGAACAGAACAAGUACAGCUACAGAAAUCGUCUCACUUUCCAAGCUGCAAUAGCGGUAUUGAUCUCUCUCAAGGCGGAAUUUUAAAAAUGCACUUAAGCACCUGUGUUAUAUUAUUCCUUAUGUAUUGACAGUGUCU